AUGGGCAAAGGCAGCAGAACAAGACAGUCUCUUCGUCAACUCCCUUCUGACAUAGACAAUUCUAACACAGCUCAAGAUCACUUAUACAAGAAACAUCAUUACAUCUCGAAGAGAAGAUCAGACGACGAGGGAUGGAAAGAAGAAAAACCGCCGUAUUAUGUUUUGCUGACCACAUAUUUCUCUUAUCUUGUACUUAUAUGCUUUGGUCAUCUGAGAGACUUCUUCGGGAAGAGAUUUAGAAGUAAGAAUUAUCGACAUCUGAGAGAACAGAACGGCUAUGCACCACUGAAUUCUGACUUCGACAAUUUCUACGUGCGCCGUCUAAAAUGUCGUAUCAACGACUGUUUUAGUCGGCCUAUUACUGGAGUCCCUGGUCGUAAGGUUACCCUCCUCGAACGCGAGACAAAAGACUAUUGCAGAACAUUUCAAUUAACUGGAAACACUCGCGAAUGCCUAAAUUUAAGCAGUUAUAACUAUCUUGGAUUCGCUCAGAAUAAGGGUCCAUGUGCGGAUGCUGUUGAGGCCACAAUCAGAAAGUAUGGUGUAGCUGUGUAUAGUCCGAGGAUGGAAGUUGGCACGACCGAUCUACACCACCAAGUUGAAUCUCUUGUCGCUCGCUUUGUCGGCAAGCCCAGUGCUAUGGUGAUCUCUAUGGGCUAUGCAACGAACUCGACAACACUGCCUGCACUAGUCUCGAAGGGGUGUCUGAUAAUCUCCGAUGAACUUAAUCAUUCUUCGAUUGUCUUUGGGUCUAGAUUAUCGGGUGCAUUUAUUCGUGUCUAUAAACAUAAUGAUAUGAAUGAGUUGGAGACCUUGUUGAGAGAGUGUAUUUCACAGGGACAGCCGAGGACACACAGACCAUGGAAAAAGAUUUUGGUUAUCGUAGAGGGGAUAUAUUCUAUGGAAGGGAGCAUUUGUAAUUUACCAAAGAUCGUAGAGUUGAAGAGGAAGUAUAAAUUUCACUUGUACGUAGACGAAGCACACAGUAUAGGAGCCUUAGGUCCUCGUGGGAGAGGAGUAUGUGAUUACUACGGCAUAGACCCGUCUGAGAUUGACAUUCUCAUGGGUACAUUCACCAAAUCCUUUGGAGCAGCCGGAGGUUAUAUUGCUGCGUCUCCGGAAAUAAUCUCUCAUCUUCGUCUUUUCAAUUAUUCAUCAAUAUAUGCGGAAUCUACCUCUCCGAUAGUUCUCCAGCAAAUAUAUACCUCUAUGACCAUUAUUAUGGGUGAAGAUGGCACAGAAAAUGGACGAGAAAGACUGGAAAGGCUUGCUUUCAAUGCGAGGUAUUUGGGGACGAAUUUGAAAAGACUAGGGUUUAUUCUGUACGGAGACAGAGACUCGCCUAUUUUACCAUUAUUGUUAUAUAAUCCGGCCAAAAUUCCGGCGUUUUCGAGGGAACUGUUGAAGAGAGGGAUUGCAGUUGUAGUCGUUGGGUAUCCCGCGACCCCCAUUAUUUCUUCUAGAACGAGGUUUUGCGUGAGUGCUGCUCAUACUAAGGAGGAUUUAGAUGAGAUCUUGAAGGUUUGUGAUGAGGUCGGGGAAAUUUUACAGUUGAAGUUGUCGAAUAAGUCACCAGGGCUAAGUAUAGAGGAUGUAUUGAGAGAUGGGGAGAUAGGGUUGUGA